AAAUAUAUCGUAACAGCGCACAAGGACCAUAAUAAUAAGAGCAGGAUUCAUCAUUCCUCUAUAACAAAAGCUCCCAAUUCUGAAACUGCGUCUGCAUCACAAUGUAACCUAAGAUAUAGGAAUUCCAAAGUACUUGAAUUCUUUUUUACAGCGAUUCUAUAA